AUGCCCCCCACCCCAGCCACUGUCUCCAAGCGUGAGUCCUCGAACGAUUGCUUCGGUGCCGGAACACAGCUUCUCCUCGCCAACGGCAGGCUUAUCAAUGUUGAAGAUGUCAAGGUUGACGACGAUCUCCUCGGCCCUGACGGCACGGGAAGGCGAGUCACUGGUGUCCAUUAUGGUCGCCAGCGCAUGUACCGUGAGUCCCAGGGCAUUGAUGGCCGCCUGUCCGGCGUCUCGGUCAACUGCGACUCCUCGUUCGCAGCCCCCUCUAUCAAUGUCGACUUCGAUAUCGCCGAUGACCCCCGCCAAGACGAACACGUCGACGCGGAAGCUGGUCAGCCGCGCUUCCAGUACCUGGUCAUCCCCCCCGCGCCCGACCACAUUGCCAUCUCAAUGUUGGCGAGCGUGUCGACGACCCCAUGUGAGCUCAACGAUGUCGACGUGGUCGACUCGGACGAGGGCGACGACGACGACGACGUCCCCGUCGCGUUACUCGCCCGCCACCUUCGCUACCUUCCACACUCCAACUACCUUAUCAACUCGCGCGAGGCCCGCCUCGCCCUCCUCAGCGGCAUCGUCGACGCAUGCGGCAGCAUCAGCGGCAAGAGGAUCCGCCUCUACCGUGACCCCGUGUGGCCCGUCCCCGUCCGCGAGUUCAUCAUGGCCCUGGCAUACUCGGCCGGCUUCAUGGCCGAGUAUCUGGAGUACGGAAAGAAUGGAUUUUACGACGACCCUGUGCGUAUCUCCUUCGUUCAGCUCCGUGGCGACCUUUCCGUUCUCGACUGCAAGUUUGCCAAUCUUCUCGCGGACGACGACUCGGACCCACAGAGUCGUAUCAAGUACUGGGUCGAAAUUCGGUCGGCCAAGCCCGAGGAGGACGAGCAGGAGUGGUACCAGCUGGAGCUUGACGGCAAAGGCCUCAUGCUCCGCGACGACUACCUCGUGCUUGCCGCCAAGGCAAAGUCGGAGGCGGACGGGUUGAAAUACCUAAUCCUGGUCCAUCGGCUGGACCUCGCCCUCGCCGCCAGACCAGCGACGACGGACGACGGAAACAAGUCUGGCGGCGAGGGCGAGGUCCAGCCGAUGGACCAGGAUUAG